AUGUUGCUUGAACCUUCAGAUCUCCAAAGCGAGAUCGCUCAACUUGAGUGCCGCCUUCAAGAAAUGCGAGCUCAACUCGACGCCUCUACAUUCUCCAGCCCACCUUCCUCCUACCCCGAUAAUAAAAUUCCUUGGACAAUGCCUUCAAGUACUGCCUUUUAUAAUAAUAAAUUCCGUGCGGAUGCCACCCGCUCCUCAUCUCUACAUGCCCUCCUACUUCUCUCCGACUCCGCGCUCCCAUUAGGCUCAUUCGCAUACUCCAGCGGGCUGGAGUCCUACCUCGCCCAUCAUAAGUCUCAGCGCGCCAAUCCCGUAACAUCAUUUCACCGCUUCCUCAAACUCUCCAUUGCCUCGCUCGCAAGCACAUCACUCCCGUACGUGUUAGCUGGCUACCGUGCGCCCGAAACAUUAGAUACCCUCGACAACGAUCUCGACGCGUCAACACCAUGCAUUGUCGCACAGCGCGCAAGCUGUGGAGAGCGCGCAUUUCGAGUCAGCUUCGCUGUGCCCACAGGCACCGAUGCUGGCGCCGACGCUGCAGUUUCAGCGAUUGAUGGAUUUUCCGAUGCAUUGAAGACAAAAUUUGAUAGUCAAGAUGAUUUGGGUCCUAUGGGCCACUUUGCUCCAUUGUGGGGUGCUGUCUGUCGAGCCAUGGGCUUGGAUCUACACCAAACGGCUUAUAUCUUCGUUUUGAACCAUGCCAAGGCUGUUCUUAGUGCUGCAGUGCGAGCUUCUGUGAUGGGUCCAUAUCAGGCGCAGAAUAUUUUGGCGAGUCAGACAUUGCAGGAUACAAUCAUAUCGCGCAUUGAGCGCGAGUGGGAGACGGAAGUCGAGCAGGCAGGCCAGGUUGUUCCUGCUCUGGACUUGUGGGUUGGCAGACACGAAUUACUGUAUAGUAGAAUCUUUAAUUCAUAG